AGUCGGUCAAAGUACAAACUCAUCUCGAAAACAUUUAUCUUCUCCCUACUUUGCUUCUUCGUUUUUUUCUUUCGUGUAAUUGUUAGUGUUAUUGAUACUAGUAUCGAUCCAUGUCGGUUUCGGGUAUCCAUGGACAUAUUCUUGAGGUUACCGUCAUUGGAUGCAACAAAUUGAAGGAUACUGAGUGGAUUUCAAGGCAGGAUCCUUAUGUCUGUGUUGAAUAUGGGAGCACCAAGUGCCGUACAAGAACUUGCACCGACGGUGGCAAAGCGCCUGUAUUCCAAGAGAGGUUCACUUUCACUUUGAUUGAAGGGCUCAGAGAGAUCAAUGUUGUGGUUUGGAACAGCAAUACUUUGACUUUUGAUGAUUUUAUUGGCAGUGAAAAGGUUCAAUUGAACAAGGUUCUUUCCCAGGGCUUUGAUGAUGCUCCUUGGCCACUCCAGACAAAAACCGGCAGAUAUGCUGGAGAAGUGCGGCUCAUAAUGCAUUAUGCAAAUGCCAAGCACCAAGCCUCAGCAUAUGCUCCAACAGCACCACCAUAUGCAGCUCCUCCUCCUCCGCAAGUUCCUCAAUAUUCCGUACCUCCGCCAACUUAUUCAGCUUCUUACCCACCACCAGCUACAACAUAUCCGACUUCAUCAGCAUAUCCAUCAUAUCCUUCAUUCGCAUAUCCUCCUCCACCUUCUGCAUACCCUCCUCCGCCUUCUGCAUACCCUCCACCACCGGCGCCUUCAUCAUAUCCCCAAUCUACAUACCCACCGCCUUCAUCAUAUCCCCCGUCUGCAUAUCCACCGCCGUCAUCGUAUCCCCCAUCUACAUACCCGCCCCCUUCAUCAUAUCCUCCAGGUCCUUUUCCAGGUCUUUAUCCCCUACCACCGUACUAAAACUAUCGGCAUGGAGACAGUUGAAGUUCCUAAUGUUUGAAACUCCUCGGAUUAUUGUUUGAAUCUCUUCGGAAACAAAAAAUUGGAACAUGAUAGCCAUUGUAUAGCUCGAACUGUUUAUAAAUUUCAGUUUGCGG